AUUUAUGAAUAAAACAAAAAAAUAUACAAAAAGACAGACAGACAGACACACAUAUCAAUUUAAUUUAUUAAAUAAAGCAAAAAACAAACUGCAAACAACAACAGCAACAAAAAAUAUUUGACUUCUAAAUCACCCAUCAUCAGUGUCAGGAAUAGAAUAAAUAAAACUAAAUAAAUGGCUGCAUAAAGGCAAACAUACUCUGCAACUGCCACAUUUCAAAACUGCAUCCAUGUUCAAGGUUGUUGCACAGUGACAAACAGAAAAACAAAAUAAAUAGAAAUAGAAUUAAAAAAAUAAAUUUGUAUAAAAACGGUUUUAGACCUUCACACAAAUGUGCCACAAAAAAAAAACACCCCAACUAGAGCCCUUCCCCACUAAAUAAUGGCCACAUAAAACUAAAAUUUUCUAUCACACAAAAAAAUUCUAAAAAAAAUUCUAAAAAAAAAAAUUAAAAAAAAAUAUAUAAAAUAAAUAAAUAGAAAAAUACAAGUGUAAACGGUCUAAAACUAGAUCAAAUAUUUAAAAAAUAUAUAUAUGUUUUUGUGUGGGUGUCUGGUUGGGUUAAAAAAAUGGGGCAAAAACAAAAGCACUAACACAACUUAGAAAAGAAAAAGUAACAAACCGGAUGCGGAAGUGUGCUAAAGUUUUGUAUUUUUUGUUAUUGUAUAUAUAAUGCUAGUAAAUGUAUGUGUGAUUUUGUAAGUUAGACAAAUAAAAAAAAAUCUACAAAUAAUGGCUUAAAAAUAACAACAACAACAAGUUAAGCCCUUAGUUUUUAUUUAUGAAAAUGUUUAAAAAAAUAACAACAACAAAACAAAAGUGAAAGUAUUAAAUUCAAAAGUUCCUAAAAAAGUGCAAAACAACAUUUUCUAAACAUGUUGUCACCUUGCUCUCAAUCCCACUCUCCCUCCAACUCCUUGACAACUUCUUGUUUAGUACAACCCACCAAAAUGCCUUUAAAAGCUCAAAAAUCUUCCUAUAAUUCCUACAAACCAAAUUGUCAUUCCGCAACAGCUGCUACGCCGUUUCUUAUGCCUGCGGAAUUCUAUAAAAGUCUAUUUGCUACAGCCGUUCUACAUCACAGCAACAAUAUAAAUAAUGAUGCCCACCAUCAUCAACAACAUCAUCAUCAUAAUCAGCAACAUCAUGUUAAUCCGGAUAAUUUUAGUCGCACGCAAACUCAGUCUCAUUUAGCCGAGACACGUUAUUUAAAAUCUAAUACAACAGCAGCAUCAACAUCCUCAGCAACACCACCUGUUGCUUAUGGCAGCAGUUUAUCAUCAGCAACAACAGCUGCUGCUUCUUCGUCAUAUGUUGCCAAUGCCAAUUCUACGCAUUUUUCACGCAAUUUAUUGUUUUCAUCGUCGGCAGCUGCUGUUGCUGCCAUGGCUGAAUCUGUUAAACGUUCUCAUGCAAAUGAGAAGAAACCAACAAAUUACAUUUGGCCUGCAGCAAGCUCCGAAGCAGAAGCCAACAACAAUACUAUCACAGAUUCUGUCCAUUUAACAAAUCCUGCUACUCCGCCCACACCACCACCCGAUACUCAUCUUAAUCUAGAACAUCCCUCGAAAUCAUACAAUAACUCGUUAAAACCCAUUGAUGAAACGGAUUUAAUUGAACAACAACAACAUCAACAUCAAGAAAUAACUCAAAGUCACAAAUCUCUCAAACAUAAACAAACAGCAGUAGUAACAACAACAACAUCGUCGUCGUCAUCGUCAGACAAUCAUCUUGGCAACGGCUCUAAUAUGCCAAUAGGAGGAGUACAAGGACAAAAUCCUACCCAGGGUUUAGUGCAUUGGAUGAGUGCCGUAAUGGCUGAACACAUGACGGGGCAAACGCAUCACGAUCCCACCGCAGUGGGUAUGCACUACAUGUGGAAUGGUAAUGUAGAUGCAAAAAUGAAUGAUCAUCACAACAAUCUGCAAAAAGGUCAUUUCAUAGACGACAAUCGUUUGGAACAUCAUGCUGUAACACCACAAGGUGGCAGUGUUUUGGGAUCUGCCGGUGGUGGCCAUCAUGGUAAUCAUGUUGGUCAUCAUAGUUCCGCCUCUGCUGCCGCCCUACUUGUUGUUCCGCAACCUAUUAAUGCCACAAAAAUUGGUUCUUCACUAGGUGGUUCCGGUGGUGGUGGCGGUGGAGGUACAGGCCGCAAAUAUCAAUGCAAAAUGUGUCCUCAGAUUUUCACUUCAAAAGCUGAUCUCCAACUACAUACUCAAAUGCAUAUGCGUGAAUCGAAGCCGUAUAAAUGUACUCAAUGCUCUAAAGCGUUUGCCAACUCAUCGUAUCUCUCACAGCAUACACGAAUACAUUUGGGCAUUAAACCGUAUCGCUGUGAGAUUUGCCAACGCAAAUUUACCCAACUCUCGCAUCUGCAACAGCACAUACGCACGCAUACCGGUGAUAAACCGUACAAGUGUAGACAUCCUGGUUGCCAAAAGGCCUUCUCACAACUCUCCAAUCUGCAAUCUCACUCUAGGUGCCACCAAACAGACAAACCUUUCAAAUGUAACUCUUGUUAUAAAUGUUUCUCGGACGAGGCCUCCCUUUUGGAUCACAUACCCAAACACAAAGAGUCCAAGCAUUUGAAAACCCACAUUUGCCAGUAUUGUGGCAAAUCGUAUACACAGGAAACAUAUCUUAACAAACAUAUGCAAAAGCACUCGGAGAGAACAGACAAACGACCGCCCAUUGUGGCCACAAAUGCGGGCAGUAACUCGGCUACCGGAACUGGAACAGGUAAUAGUAACAAUAAUGCAGCUGUAGGAAGUAAUACAACAACUAAUAAUGCUACUGCCACAGCAGGUGUAGGAGGCGGAGGAAGCGGCGGCGGCGGAGGUCAUCCUGGUACAGGAAAUCAACAUAACCGCAACAAUAUCUCAUUACCACCGGUAACUAUAGCACCCACCGACAACUCGUAUUGGCCCAAAGUCAGUCCCGAUUCGGCAGCCAAUAUGAACGAUGUCAUGCAUCAGCAACAGCCGCAACAACAACAGCAACAUUCCCAUCAGCAACAUCAUCAACAACAGCAGCAACAAGCUCACAAUGGCCAACAGCCAACGCAACAGCAGCAGCAACAUCAUCAUCCGCAACAGACGAACACCCAACAACAACCUCCGACACAGCAACAAGGCCAAACUCAUAUGGACUAUACAAAUCAUCAGGCGUCUGGCGCCAACAAUCCACAUAAUGAUUUGCAAAAUCAUCAUCGUAUGAAUGACACUGGUCGAGAGGAUAUAGUUUCAACACCCUCAACUGUGGGCCCCUACGAUGCCUCAAGUAUUACAAAAACCACCACAAAUUCAGCAUUUACACCGAUUAAUUCGAUGCCACCACAUUUGAAUACCCUCUCACAUCAUGCCAUGAGCCAGCGUCCAUAUCUAUAUGAUGCCAUUAGUUUUCAGAAUAAAAAUGUCAAUCAAAAUAAUGCUUCGAAUUCGUUUCCAAAUCAAUUGAUAUCGCUGCAUCAGAUACGCAACUAUGCCCAUCAACCGGCUGGUCUAACGAUGGCCGGUGAACAUUUAUUGGGUGUUAGUGUGGGUCCAGGUAAAGAUAAGGGAUAGCUAUACUUUUAAAUUAAUUUUCUUUGGCAUAUAUUUUAAUUAUAAAAUAGUUUAGUUUAUAUUAAUGUUAUAUUUCUUUUAAAUAUUUUAAUUAAUUUUUAAUUUAUUAAUAUGUAUUAACAAUGUUUGCAACAAAUAUUUAAAUGUUAAGAACUUAAAUACUAGCCAACAGUAUUCAAAAAUACAGUUAGACUCGUUUGUGGUUUAAAAAAUUUUCUCAAUUUAAAUCCAAGAGAGUUAUAAAUGUUAAAUUUAAUAUUUAAUGAUAAUUUCGAAAAGUAGCCCUAUAUGAACUAAUGUUAGUAUGGAUCUAACCUUUCCAAAUUUAUUACAAUGACUUGUUGUAUAAAACAUAUGAGCACUUGAAUGUAUUUUUUGAAUGUAGCUUUUGUAUGGACUUAGUACAAAUAUGAUAAGAACUCUCCAUAAUGCUGCCUUUUUUCUCCAUAUUUAACAAUAUAAUCUAUAAACUAAAGGAAUAUUAAUAUGGGGUCCAGAUUGAAUCAUUAUAGUUCAUUUCCAAAUAAGUGAAGAAUAUUAGUGGAUUGAAAUCUCAUACCAACAGAUAAUCGAAUAAAUAGAAGGGUACGAAUCUUUCAAUGAAGAACUCAGGUGGCAAUUUUUGUACAUGGAUGUGCCCCGACCACUAGUCGAGCAGCAUGUAUCAAUACAUGCUGUUGAGAUGGCAACAGUAUCGAAGAACUUCCCCGAAGCGUAAAAAGGCAUACUAAAUCAGUACUAAUCUCCAAUAUAUGGAGACUUCCCGAUCUUUCAUCAAUUUUCGCAUCAGUUCCAUUCCCAUUAUCAUAAAGAUCACUCUACGGGAUGACGGGAUGACAGGCAACCAUUGACUACUAACCUGACAAUUAUCCUGCAUAUACCGGCAUCCUACUACGCGACCGUUAAGAUCCGCUUGACUAGAGGUAUUGGUAACACCUCUGUUCCCCGGGAUUGCAAUAACACCAAGGUGGAGAUUUCACCAAGGUAACAUGUCCCUGGGGAAAUAGGUAAUAUUAAUAAAGUUAGUGUAAAGUUACACAAUUUACCUUAGAUCCAUACAACUGAUUGUAGGAAUUCUGCUAAAACUCACAUUGGAUCCCUGGGGCACCUUAUCUUAAAAAAAUGGUUAAUCGUUAAUAUUUUGCAAACUAUCAAAUUCGAUCUUAAUAAAUUUGAUAAAAUUUAAUCCUUCUCAAAAGUUUUAUAAGGAUCGGGCGGAAUGGUUAUACUGGGCGUGACGCCUUUCACAUUAAGACAUUAUUAAAUCAGAAUAUCUGAGUUAGAAUACUAAAAUUUUGUCGGAGCCAUUUCAGUGUCAAUAUGAUUAUUUUAGAUAAAAAGUAAGUUGACCAGCAGCAGGCAAAAGUUUGUUUAUCUUGGAAACUAUUAGAGUUAGAAAUUUGGUAAUAAAUUGGCGGAUUGUCAAUGGGAAUAACGGCACUUCCCAUAUGAAAUUAAUACAAAAAUUAGUUUAUAUGGGAAAUUAAUAGAACUGGAUUCUUCCAAUUUUGCACACAGAACAUAACAUUUUCGGGCAAAAGGUUGAACUUUGAUGAAAGUCCACUCUCAUAUGAAUUAAAUAGAAAAAUUAUUAUAGCUAAAGAGCUGUUAUAUGGACGGGAAAUGGGUCUUCCACCAAAUAGAUUCAUUUAGAAGAGAAUUUUCGAAAUUCGUUUAAACCAUGGUCUGCAUUACCGAAUAAAAUUUCUUGCAGCAAUCGAUUUAAUACAUUAGAUGAAUGUUUAAACAUCUAAAGCUCUUCAACUGAAAUAUUAUCAUUUCUACAUAAAUAUUUGUUGCAAUCAAAUUUAAUAAUUUUUUAUAUAAUAACAUCUUCCAUUCAAAUUUUAAUUUUAAGU